GGGGUCCCCGGGUCCCUGUGGGGCCCCGCCAUGAGGCCGCAGCAGGCGCCCGUGGCCGCCAAGGUCUUCGUCCAGCGGGACUACAGCGGCGGCACCCGCUGCCAGUUCCAGACCAAGUUCCCCCCGGAGCUGGACAACCGGAUUGACCGACAGCAGUUUGAAGAAACCGUUCGCACUCUGAAUAACCUGUAUGCCGAGGCGGAGAAGCUUGGGGGGCAGUCCUAUCUUGAGGGCUGCCUAGCUUGUUUGACAGCAUAUACCAUCUUCCUGUGCAUGGAAACGCAUUACGAGAAGGUUCUGAAGAAGAUCACCAAAUUCAUUCAGGAACAGAAUGAGAAGAUCUACGCUCCCCAGGGCCUACUCCUGACAGACCCCAUCGAACGAGGACUGAGAGUUAUUGAAAUUACCAUUUACGAAGACAGAGGCAUAAACAGUGGAAGAUAAAACUAUGGAAUCUGAGCCCUCCUCCACCCAGGACUCUCCUCUGACCAAUGGGCAACCGCAGAGCAUCCCCUACCUCCUCUCCAGAGCGUCAUUCCUUCGGAUCCGCUACCAGCGCCACGGUGCCAUCCACCCCCAGGACUGACUUUCGGAUGUCCCGCUCCCCCCGGAGCGACCUGCUAAAUUCCUCGGCAUCCACAUUGUGUCUUUCAGCCGUAUAGAACUGUAACCUUUGUAGUAAUUUCGGAGAAAAGACAAUGAAGCAGUUGUUUUUUUUUUUUUAACUCAGAACGGUUUGAUAAAAAAACGAACUGCAUAAAUCAGUCCAAUGCAAAGUCCAGUUCAUGCCCGCCGCGGUUAUUACGGCUCCUGUCGCUCUUGGCUCUGGGCCUUCAACUUCACCGGGUGGCUUCGGAGCAAAGCAGAUGUCGUUCAAUCUGGGUGAUCUGAUUCCCCCAAAGAAAGGGAAAUGCCUUUUCUCCAGGGCAUGGCAUCUUGUGAGAGGUCAGCCCCGUCCGUGACCCGUAGAUGCCUCACCAGGCCUCCAAGAGCUCCCUGGAUUGUCGGUCGUGGCUCAGAAUGUGUACAAGAUCCCUAAAGGUCCCUGGAAAUAAAACGGCAUAAUGCUAUCUGUCCUUAGGUAGCAGUUCUUCUAAGUGAAUCAGUAUUUAAUAUGAUUUCCAAUUCCCUCACACCUCCGUGGAGGAACGUCCCGUCAUUGUUGCCUUUCCGUGAAUGUCGGAGGGUGUCGUGUCACUCGUUGCGUUAAAAUCCGUAAGCACAAUAAAGUGGAUGCUGAACUGUCACGUUAUUUAGAUGUCCCCGCUCCGUCUCUGAAUGUGUAAGAAGCCCGGUGAACUCUCUCUUUGUUUUAGUAUAAAUAUAAUUUAUAGGAACUUAACUUACAGGUUUAAUACCGUAUAGCCUCAUUUUUAACUAUUUCCACUGGCGGAAUUUAUCAAAAGACCUUUAUUGUAGGCAGUAUUCAGGACGCACACCUAUCUGGCCAUCGGUUCAGGGUAAAAAACUUUGGUUUCGAGUAUAAGCCCUCAGAUUGAAGUCAUCUCAGUACUUGUUUCCGUUGUGUUCUUACACACUCUCGCAUGUUCUCGGUGACAGUGCUGCAUGCGGCUCUAAGUUCCCCGUCACUAUGAUUUGCGGCGUUGUCCUUCUGGAAAACGAUUUUACUCGGAGGAUGGAAAAACUUCAAGUUCUACUUUCAGUGAUGUAGGUGCUAAUACUGGAUCUAAUCUUCCAGAUUCAUUUCUUUUACAGAUCGGUUAGUCUUUUUCAUCGUGAAAUCCCUGAGGCCUGUUUAACAUUUUAACUGUACAAAACCCUUUUGUUUUUCUAUAGCCUGUAGCACAGUGUGUCUGCCUGCCUUUCACACCCAUUGCAAUAACUUGCUGAAAUAGUCACGGAUUAGUAAAACUUUUCUUAAAUAAA